AUGCAGGCCGAUGGUGACAUGUUCCCCAGCGACUGGAGCCCACCGCCCGUGGAGUUCCUGAAGCCAAGGGCCCCACUGACUGACAGCGGGGCCCCAGCCCAGAGGCAGGCAGGCACGGCGGGGCCUCGGGGCCUGAGAAGACUGGCCCACCAGCUGCCCAAGGAGUCAAAGCAGGAGUCCCAGGACCCAGACCCCGUGGGGGGUCUGGCCUCACUGGAGGAGCCGUUCUGGAGCAUGGCAGGCACCAGCCCAAAGGCUGCAGCGCCAUGGGUGGACGCCCACACCUCGAUUGCCUCUGGGGACUCCGAGUGCUACGUCAACAGCUUGGAUUACUUACUGCAGGAGAAGAGGCAACAGGCCCUGGAGCAAGAGCGAGAGAAGCUGCUUCUGCAGGACUGUCUUGACCUCUACUCCUCGGAUCCUGAUAACGUGCCGCUCACACCAGAGCACAGGGCAACCCACGCCUGGCACUCGCAGUCGUGGGCACUCAGUGAAAGUUUGAACGCAGCCCAUGGGUGGGGCAGGAUCUGGGACCAGGAUUCUGGCUCCUGGACCAAGGCCCUAAGGGAGGGGUUGGGGUCUGACCGAGAGUGGGAGGGGGAAGGGCUCCUCAGUCUGUAUCUCUCGGCUCCCCCUCCGUCAGCAGGUGGCGCCGUGUCCCUGGGCUGGUCCCAACCAGGCGGGGGCUGCAGGGCGGGGGCAGCCAUCUGGUCCCCCCUGGCCUCCCUCCAGGCUGCAGACCAGGUGUGCCUGCUGACGCCCGGCUCUCCUGCCUCUUGCUUUGCCAGGAAGCUGGUGGACAGGUUCUCCGUGUCACUGCAGGUCAUCCCAGCAGUACAUCCAGGCGAGACUGUGUUUCUACCCCGGCAGCACCCUCUGCCCUGCAUCUUGGACUGUUCACACCUGAAGCCACAGAGCCGCCUGGAAGAGCUGUUCCUCAGCUCCCCGCCGGCCCAGCAGCUCUCCUUCCUGCGCAGCGGCCUCCUGAGCAGCCUCUACCUGCCCUCGGGCCUCCGCCCCGUGCCCCUGCUCCGGUGGCUGUUCCAGCUGCUGACAUGGCCUCCAGAAACUUCUUUGGGAGCCUUUGGUCUCCUGUGGGACCUCAGCGUGGAUGGGCUCUUCCGUCCGUCUGAUGCGGACACGAGCUUGUGGUGCCCCUCGCUGCAAGAGGUCACGGCCGCGUUCCACAGCCUGGGUACCCACAGCCCUGCUUUGCAGCCCCCAGGGCCCCUCCAGCGCGAUGGGAGCGAGCUUAAAAGUGAGGCUAGCCUGAGCCGGACUGAGCAGCAGGACACCCCCCAGGAGACGGCCUUGGACAGCAGCCUGAGCCACAUCUGUAAGUUCCUGAUGCUGUGCGUGCUGGCCCAGCCAGGGGCCUACACCGAUGGGAGCCUCUUGGGCCUGAUUGAGCUGCUGUGCCGAGCCGGCUUGGACGUGGGGCUCCGCCUGCUGCCCAAGACCGACCUCCAGCAGCUCCUGCUUCUGCUCCUGGACAGCAUCCAGGAGUGGCCGGGGAAGCUCCGGCAGCUGUGCUGUGCCCUGAGCCGGGCAUCUGAUCACCACCACAACCUGCUGGCGCUUGUGCAGCUCUUCCUGGACGUGACGCCCCGGAGCAGGCAGCUUCGACGCCAGCUCAGCCUCGUGAUCAUUGCCCGGCUGCUGGACCAGCAAGGGACGCUCCCUCUCUGGCAAGAGAAGGCCCAGCUGUCCUCGCUCAGGCAUCUCCUGAGCCUCAUGAGGCCAUCAACCCUGGGGCAGUACCUGGGCCCUGAGACCAUGCCGCCCGGCCAGGAGAAGCAGCCAAAGGCCAGUGCCCAGCUAGACCACAAGGUCUGCUACCUGUGUCACAGCCUCCUGACGCUGGCUGGGCUGGUGGUCAGCGGCCAGGACAUUACUCCAGACCAAUGGGGAGAGCUGCAGCUGCUGUGCAUGCAGUUGGACCGCUGCAUCAGCACCCACAUCCGGGAGAGCCCCCAGGCCAUGCACUGGACCACACUCAAGGACCUGGCUGCCCAGACCUACAUCCGCUGGCAGGAGCUGCUGAUCCACUGCCAGCCCCAGACCCAGUACUUCAGCCCCUGGGAAGACAUCUAAUGGAGCAGGGCAGGGGUGGCCCAGUGCUCCUGGCCCUGGCAGGAAGUGAACAUGGCCCAGCUACCUGGAGGCGUGAAGAAUGGAGACCAGAGGAGGACCAGCCAGCUGAACCAAGCACCUGCCUCCCCCGCUGCCCUGAGCCCCCUCCGGGCGAGGAUCCUGCCUCUCGCUGCCUGGCUCACCUCUCAGCUCUCCUUCCCUUCCCCACUGUCUCCUCUCCCCGAGACCUUUGUCUCCAAAACUCUGGUUUUCCUGGGCUUCCUGGGUCCUCCGGCCACCAUCCUCCCCACCCUCCUUCCCAUCUCUGUGUGUCCCUAAUGUGAGGGUUCCUUGUGCACGCUAAAGUCUCAUUUCAGCAUCA